AUGUGCGUCUGCCCUGUCAAGCUGCAGGCCGAGGCUCCAGCGUGGGAGCUGCUCGCGUCGGAGCUGCUCCUCCCGAUGGCCAAGUUCUCGAAGUACCUGACGGGGUGCGCGGCGCUGCACACCGGCGCGGUGGAGACGCUGCCGUACUGGUUCGAGGUGCCCGCCGUCGAGGAGGCGCUGGCCAGCCAGCCUGUGAACGGCGUCCCUUCACGGGAGCCCGCCGUCAAGGAGGCGCUGGCCAGCCAGCCUCUCGAGGGCGCGAGCUACUCCCUCGCCGCAGUCCGCGACUGGGCGCCGGCGGCAGAGCUCGAUGAGGCUCAGCGCAGGCAGCUGCCGCACAACCCGCAGUCUGGGAGGGAGGGAGUGGGUUGCAGGCAGCUGCCCAACCUCCUCAAGGACGUCAGUGGCCGCAGCGACGGUGGCCACCUCGACUCAGCGCAACGCUUAUCUUUCGGUGAGCGAGUACGUGCUGCCGAGUGGAUGAAGACGGUGGCGCCGGCGGCGAAGGCGGGCUCGUCGCCGCUCAACGCGCGCUCCGUCACGGCGGGCGGCGGCGUUGCCGCCAAGCAGGCGGUGCCGCCAGAGUCGGCGCCGUCAGAGACGGUGACGGUGCCGUCAGGCCCGCGGCGCACGCGCUCGUGGAGCUUCGACGGCUCGUGGAGCUUCGCGCUCCCCUCCUUCAGCCACCUCGGCUCCGCCUCCGCCGGGGGGACGCAGACCGCGUGGAGCCGGAUGGUGGACGGCGACCCGACGGCGGGCAAGCGCGUCGCACGGAGCCCCGCCGCCCGCAUGGAGCCCAAGACGUUCUUCGCGAACGAGCGCACCUUCACGUCGUGGCUGAGCGCGGGCAUGUUGCUCCUGUCGGUCGGCAUCGCAAUCACCGAGCUUGAGGACGACAUGGAGGACAUGGACGGCCACACCGACGUGGCGGGCGCGGAGCAGGACGGCGGCGGCCUGAUGAUCAUGCGCUCGGCGCUGCUGCUGCUGUGCCGCUGA